GUUGUUAUGUCAUUUUCACUUUGACAUUCAUUCCUGAACUAGAGCUGUGUGACUAAACUUUUUUCGGUCGUUUCUCAGUUGCAAUUGAUAUAAAAUAAAUAUUCCAAUGAUUAAUAGGAACGUUUUUUUUCUCAAAUGGCCAUCAAACUUCCCAAUUCCCAUCACGUUGUCUUGUCAACUAUUUUGCUAAUGUCGGUUAGUUAUCGAAUGGCAACAUAAAAAUAAUAACAUGGCAUGGCUAUAUCACUGUCAACAGUCAAACGUCAUUCUUAUCAUAAUCAUAAAUAAAGUUAAUAGCGUGCUUUAAUAAAAUUCAAACUUAUACCAAAGUAAACAUUAUACUACGUUCUAUCCAAAUCAUAAAAACAUGAGUGGAUUUACACCAUAAAAGUUAUUGUGAAUCCUUAAACUGAGCAAGAAUUUGUUAUACCUCAUAACCCUAGUUUUCGGCUAACGUAAUAUUGUGAAAUUAGAAGUAAAGUAAGUUGUACCUUGCUUGAAUAUAUGAUUUUACAAUGCCUGUAAUAGAAGUUACCUAUCUGGUUGUUGGUGGAGGAAUUGCCGGUGUAACUUGCGUGGAAACUCUAGCAAUUUUGCACCCUGAAGAAACACUUGCAAUAAUAACUGCUUCUUCUUUAGUAAAAAAUGUAAGCAAUGUGAGUUUCUUUGCUAAAACCAUUGUAAAGUUUGAUGUAAACGAAACAGAAGCAAGUUCCUUAAUGAGAAUUCAUCCAAAUCUUAAAAUUAUCUUUGAUUCUUUGAAGCAUGUGGAUACCCACAGUCAAAUUGCUUACACAUAUGCAGGUGAUGAAAUUAAAUAUAAAGUUAUGUGUAUUUGUACUGGUGGCGUACCUAAACUGAUAAGAGACUCUGAUAAAAGUAAGAGGAUACUGGGUAUCAGAGAUACUGAGUCAGUGAAAGAAUUUCAGGAAAAGCUUAGAAUGGGUAGAAGGAUGGUAGUAGUUGGCAAUGGUGGUAUUGCAUCUGAGAUAGUGCAUGCCACAUCAGGGAUACAAAAAGUAUGGGUGAUUAGAGAUGACUACAUAUCAGCCACAUUUAUUGAUCCUGGAGCAGCAGAGUUUUUCCAAAACACUUUUAAAAAUAGAGAGUCACAGCCCAAUCAGAAGACUGUUAUUAGAAGACAUGUAUUUACAGAGGAAGAUCAAGUGGUUUCAUUGAAUAAAGAUCUUAAAUCUGCUGCAUUAGGUCCAGAUUGGUACAGAAAACUAGAAGGGAUUAAAGAUGACAAGGGUGUACAAGAACUUGAAAUUGUAUAUAAAGUUGAGAUAAGUUCCGUUGAAGAGAAAAGUGAUAAAGAGUUUCCUCUUGAAGUAGUGCUUUCAAAUGGUAGAACUAUUGAAUGUGAUUUUGUUGUAUCUGCAACUGGUGUUGAACCUGCUGUCAACUUCUCAUUGGAUGAAGAACCUGUGAAGGGGCCAGAAGGUGGUUUAGCCGUAAAUGAGUUCCAAGAGACAUCAAUAAGAAAUAUUUUUGCUGCAGGUGAUGUUGCACAUGCAGCAUGGGAGCAUGCUCCUCAUUGGUUCCAGCUCAGGCUAUGGACUCAAGCAAGACAAAUGGGAGGCAUGGCUGCUAAAGCAAUGCAUGGUAGAGUAGUAAAUGAAGAAGUGUUACAAGAUUUUUGCUUUGAAUUAUUUACUCACUGUACCACCUUAUUUGGAUAUCAAGUUAUUUUAUUAGGGAAGUAUAAUGCCCAAGGGUUAGGGAAUGAUUAUGAAAUCUUGCUUCGAAUGACUCCCAACCAUGAAUACAUCAAGCUAGUUCUACAAAAUGGCAAGUUACAAGGAGCUAUUCUAAUUGGAGAAACAGACUUGGAAGAAAUGUGUGAGAAUUUAAUUCUGGAUCAGUUGGAUUUGACACCUUUAGUAGAUGAUAUUUUGAAUCCAGAUAUUGAUAUUGAUGAUUAUUUUGACUAAGCAAAACUGUGAUUAUGUACAUAUUUAUUAAAUAGUUAUUGUAACAAAUAUUUUUUACUAAAAGGAAUAUUUACUUAUUUAUAUGUGUAAAUAAUAAAAUACUUCAAAAAUAAUUA